GAUGCGAGGAUAGUACAAAGAAUUCCAUUAUAUACUUCAUUCAGCUUCCUCUAAUCGGAGAGUACGAAUAUUUAUGAAAAAGAAAUAAUAGCAAGAGAUCCAGCUUUAGUCCUUGUUGGCUGACGUGGGUAUUAGGCGCUUCAACCAGCCAAAGCAAAAGAUGUUCAUAUAGAGAGAGGAGACAGAAGAUACCGAAAAGAAGGUCACAUCAAGGUGCCCGGGUUAAGAAAACCAGGAGGUAGAGAUUAAGGAGACAAGGCCAAAUCCUGUCAGCAAAGUCUAGGUUAGGGAGGAAGGAACUUUCUGAGGAUCCGCACCACUGGUGGUCUCAUCACACCGUUGCAUCUUUUGAUUGCUUCCUAAUUGCACCGGGCUGUUUUCUCUCCAGUCGUACUGUAAACUCCUGGGAGCUUAUUCAGACAGUGCUUUGAAAGUUUCUCACGUUGUCCACCCUUACGCGAAAAGCACUUACUGAAAGCUCCUCAAUCGUCAGCUUCCCGCAGCGCGGGAAAGACAAGCUCCACCUGAGAAUGCUCGGCCAGACGCCACGUCAACUGCCACACCUAGGCCCGGGCCGGGACGCAGGACCGCGCGGGCCAUUCAGGAACCGCUUCUGCCCCCAGACCGGAAAGACCGCUCCCGAUUGGUCAGGUGUGCACGAGGACCCGCCUUUCGAAGGUGGCCGGGCUGCCUCAUCUCUAACCUUGGGUCACCGCCUACGCCAAGGCCACUGGGCUCGGCGCCGGAGUGGGAUCCAGAGGGUUUUCGGCAGGCGAAUGCUUGAGCGGGAGAGCCCUCCUAUGGCAAGGCCGGGCCGGGAGGCUGCACUAGAAGGGUUGCGGUUCCCUUUGUCUGCUCUCCACAGCAAGGGGAAGGGCCGCGCCGCCUCCCGCCCCGGAAGCGGAAGUGCAGGCACUGCGGCGUCCCGUCCAGUGUGAGCCCGGCCCGUGCGCCUGCCGUUCCGCCCGCUGGUUCACAUUGAUCCCUGUCGCCUACCCGUGUCCUGCUCUUCGUCCCCGCCAUGCUGUCUCUAGACUUUUUGGACGAUGUGCGGCGGAUGAACAAGCGACAGCUCUAUUAUCAAGUCCUAAAUUUUGGAAUGAUUGUCUCUUCAGCGCUAAUGAUCUGGAAGGGAUUAAUGGUGAUAACUGGAAGUGAAAGUCCAAUUGUAGUGGUGCUCAGUGGCAGCAUGGAACCUGCGUUUCAUAGAGGAGAUCUUCUCUUCCUAACAAAUCGGGUUGAAGAUCCCAUACGAGUGGGAGAAAUUGUUGUUUUUAGGAUAGAAGGAAGAGAGAUUCCUAUAGUUCACCGAGUCUUGAAGAUUCAUGAAAAGCAAAAUGGACAUAUCAAGUUUUUGACCAAAGGAGAUAAUAAUGCAGUUGAUGAUCGAGGCCUCUAUAAACAAGGACAACAUUGGCUAGAGAAAAAAGAUGUUGUGGGGAGAGCCAGGGGAUUUGUUCCUUAUAUUGGAAUUGUGACAAUCCUCAUGAAUGACUAUCCUAAAUUUAAGUAUGCAGUACUCUUUUUGCUGGGUUUAUUUGUACUGGUCCAUCGUGAGUAAGAAGUCUGCCUUGAUGUUCCUGGGAAGACGCCGUACUUUUUGUUACUGAAUGUUUGGAGUAGAUACUGGUCUGUGAUUGGCGGAAUGGAGAACACACACGUUGGCACUUCUUGGUAGCUCUGGUUUGCAUUAGUUUCUGUUUCCACGCCAGAAUAUGUGUGGGCGGGUGCAUGUGCACCGUGGAGUGCACUCGAGGGGACUUUCAAUCACAGAAUUUCAUAGUUGUCAUUGUCACACUUUCGCAUUUUUGUACAUCAGUAAAUUUUUUAUAUUAAAAGGUUGAGCCAAAGCCCCCAGUGUUUGUAUUUUGAAGCCAAGCUUCACUUCUAAAGUGCCUACAGAGUUCUGUAAAUGAAAAUGCAGCUCUGCACGAGCUUGAAACCGUCAUACCUCCUUAUAAUGGGAAUGGCAUAUACUGAGGUGGUCAUCAAUCUUAACUUUUCAAAAUUUUAAAUAAAAGACUUUGCACAUUGAA